GGGGAUUGGAACACCUGAAUCACAUGAUAUGGAGGGGAUUGGAACACCUGAAUCACAUGAUUUGGAGGGGAUUGGAACACCUGAAUCACAUGAUUUGGAGGGGAUUGGAACACCUGAAUCACAUGAUUUGGAGGGGAUUGGAACACAUAAAUCACAUGAUUGGGAGGGGAUUGGAAUACCUGAAUCACAUGAUAUGGAGGGGAUUGGAACACCUGAAUCACAUGAUUUGGAGGGGAUUGGAACACCUGAAUCACAUGAUUUGGAGGGGAUUGGAAUACCUGAAUCACAUGAUUUGGAGGGGAUUGGAACACCUGAAUCACAUGAUUGGGAGGGGAUUGGAACACCUGAAUCACAUGAUUGGGAGGGGAUUGGAACACCUGAAUCACAUGAUUGGGAGGGGAUUGGAAUACCUGAAUCACAUGAUUGGGAGGGGAUUGGAACACCUGAAUCACAUGAUUGGGAGG